CUGGUAUUUGUUUUGUUAAUUACCUUGUUCAAACUCAGUUCUCACGGGAAACAUUGUUCAAACUAUGCUUGCAAAAAAGCCUUCUACCACGGCUUCUACUUCUUCUACUCCUCCAGACAUGGCUUCUACUUCUUCUACUCCUCCAGAUCAGUACAAGAAGUGGGAUGCUUUCAUUAGUUUUAGAGGCAAAGAUAUCCGUAAGGAUUUUCUCUCCCAUCUCUUGAAAGCUUUGUUUGGAAAACAAAUCAAAGCCUUCUUGGAUGAAAACCUUGAUAAAGGAAAAGAGAUAUCGAGUUCUCUCUUCGAAACAAUUGAAGAAUCAUACAUCUCAGUGGUGAUAUUCUCUGAAAAUUAUGCAGAGUCUCCAUGGUGCUUAGAUGAGCUCGUGAAGAUACUUCAAUGCAAGAAAACAUUAGGACAAAUAGUCCUACCAGUUUUUUAUCGUGUAGAUCCAACCGAUGUUCAAGAGCUGAGAGGGAAUUUUGGAGAGGCAUUCCCUCAGGCUCAGCAUGGAGAAGAAGUAAAAAAGGUGGAGGAAUGGUGCCAUGCUUUGAAAGAAAUCAGCAACUUAGCAGGAUGGGACUCACAGUCACGGAAUAUCAAGUCUGAGUCCGAACUAGUUGAGGAAAUAGUAAAUGUUGUUUUGGAGAAAUUAAAUAACACCUUUAAAGGUGAUUAUGAGAAUGAUGAUUUAGUUGAAAUUGAAUCACGUGUGAAGAAAAUGGAAGAAUUAUUAUUUUCUGAAUCAAUAAAUGAUAAACGAGUUGUAGGAAUUUGGGGGAUGGGAGGUAUUGGAAAGACAACUCUUGCUGAAGAAGUAUUUCAUCGAAUCAAGGCUAAACUUGACAGUCACUGCUUUGUUGCCAAUGUUAGAGAAGAAAUAAUGAAGCAAACAUCAAAUGCUUUACGAGAUAAAAUCUUUCGUCAAUUGUUAGGAGAGAAAGAUGGAUAUAUGGAUACACCUCGUUUGGGGGCUUUCAUGAGGAGAAGACUUCAAAGUAAAAAAGUACUCAUUGUCUUUGAUGAUGUAGAUGAUCCAAACGAUUUAAAGUUUUUAGGUGGAAUUUGUGAUUGGUACAAUAUGGGAAGUAGAAUAAUUAUAACCAGCAGGGAUAGGCAAACACUUAUAAAUGUUUGCCUUGAGAAGUGUAUAUAUGAGGUUAAAAAAUUAAUUGAUCAUGAAGCUCUUCGUCUCUUUAGCUUAUAUGCCUUCAAACAAGAUCAUCCCAAAGAAAGAUAUGAGAAGCUAUCGGUGAUGGCAAUAAGAUAUGCUCAAGGCAAUCCGUUGGCUCUUAGAGUUUUUGGCUCUAAUAUGUAUAAAAAGGGUAUAGAAGAAUGGGAAAGUGAGUUGAAAAAACUGAAAGAAAUUCCUGAUUUGAACAUUCAAAAUGUCCUGAGAAUAAGUUAUGAUAAACUAGAUCGUCAUAAAAAAAACAUAUUUCUUCAUAUUGCAUGUUUCUUUAAGGGGGAGCCUAGAGGUCGUGUUGAGAGAAUACUAGAUGCUUGUGGUUUAUCAGCAAGAAGUACAAUAAGUCGUCUAAUUGAUAAAUCUCUCAUAACCAUUUCAUCAGACAAUGUUGUUGGUAUGCAUGACUUGUUGCAACAACUGGGCUUCGAAAUUGUUUAUGAGGAAUCCAAACAACCUGGAGCACGCAGCAGGUUAUGGAAUUACAAUGAUAUUUGUCGUGUAUUGACAACAGAUACGGCAACUGAAAAUGUUGAAGGCAUAUCACUUAACAUGUAUGAGGCGAAGGAUAAUUUGGUGCUAAGUCCCACGGCCUUCGAGAAGACGCGCAAUCUUAAAUUCCUCAAAUUCUUCAGUUUUUCUAAUUCCGGACAAGGACGAGUGCGGCUUCCUAGCGGCCUCGAAUUUCUACCAGAAGAGCUAAGAUAUCUUUACUGGGACAGAUACCCUUUGGAAUCCUUGCCACCAAAUUUUUGCCCAAAAAAUCUUGUAGAACUUCACAUGCAAGAUAGCAACCUCAUACAGCUUUGGAAUCGAGAUAAGGCUCUUGGAAAUUUGAAAAUUUUAAACCUCAAUGGAUGUCAUGAGCUGAUCAGGGUUCCAGACUUGUCUAGUGUCCCAAAUCUUGAGGAUUUACGCUUGUUUGGAUGUUCAAGCUUGAUUGAGAUUCCUAGCAGCAUUGGCGAGUUAAAAUGUCUAAAAGAACUUAAUCUAAAGGAU